AUGAACGUCAUUAACUUACAUUCCUCCUGCACGAUGAUACUGCUCGGUAUUUUGGCAUCGACAACGAUAAUCGGCCUCACGAGUUCCGCACCCUUGUCCUCGUAUGAGAGAAGAGACCUGUCGGCCGACCAUCCCAAAGUUUUCCUGCUGGUGGAUCAGAGAAUACCAGAAUUGGAGAACGAGAUGCUGGAUUCGGGCAACGAUCUCAGCGCGACUGCGAGACGCACGAAGAGAAUCGGCUCUUUGUCGAUCGUCAACUCGAUGGACGUGCUGAGGCAGAGAGUGCUGCUGGAGCUGGCGCGCAGGAAGGCUCUGCAGGAUCAGCGGCAAAUCGACGCGAAUCGCCGGUUCCUCGAGACCAUCGGCAAGAGAUCGGUGCCGGAGUACGACGGGCCGGACGCCGGAAGGGUCUCGACGAGCGGCCAGCGGCAUGCGGAAAGUCGCUACCGGAGUACAGCACCUGAUCAAGCAACGAGCAAGACGCAGGACUGGUUCGAGGAGAACGACCCGGUCUUCCACGAGUCGCAGGACGAUCAAAUGACCAGAGUGCAGGCUAACGAACUGCGCCUGUUGUAACCGCACCUCGACUCGCAGAGGAAGACACCAGAGAUCCACCGGCACCUCAGCUUCGCCCUGUCGCGACUUACGCUCCACCACCGUCACCGUUGACUUCUUUCGCCGGCCGUUUCCCUUUCCGUUUGUCCGUUCCCGUUAGGCUGAUAGUGUGAGUUCCGGCGGUUACGCGAGGUUUGAUCCUGCCCUCCGGCGAGACGAAUGCAGACAAUCGCGGAAUUUUACAAAUCGGCGACACAGAGGCGCGAAAUACGACUCUCACCGACGAAUCAAAUUGGGAAAUCGCGAGAAAAAAAAAAGAAUCCGGAGAAAUCACUCAGUAUUCGGCUCCUCCCUGUACUCCCUCGCUAAUUUUGGCGCGUGCUUAUUUAUCGCUCGGCCCGGUUGUAAUAAUACAUGAGACAUCGGACCGUGUUUGUCCCCCGAAAGCGGGUAGGAACGAGAGAAACGCGAUAAUGUCAUUCGGCGACGGCGCAGAUGCGACGAUAACGCGUGACCAUCGCGUGAAACCGCCAAAAAAAUCGUACGAAGCUUCGCUCUAGUAAAAGCUCUAGUCUUUUUCUCACCCAUUCCCGCACGCUCUUUCUCCGUUUAUCCUCCUGUAUCUGUCCUACCUACCUACCUACCUAAUUAUCUACCUGCCUACCUCUUUACACACGGAGAAAGGCGUAACGAAGCAGUAUUAUGGCAUUGUGAUUUCCUCCAAGCUCUUCUGUACUUCGCAAUUACUACCUACUGACACUCCGAUGUUCUCCGUUUCUCUGUCGUGAUACUUAAUUCAUUAACGAAGCGUCUCCGUCAUAGCUUUUAUCGAUAAUACUCCGCGCGACCGGCCGGUCGCGCAGAUCGAGAACGUGAGUCGAUCACGCUGACCGCCCGCUCUCGUCAACGAUAAAUGUACAAAACACGUGUGCUAACUUGGUGGGUAUCGAUAGUCCUCGUCUUCGCGUCUUGCACAUGCAUACUCGGCCGCGCACUCUCACUGUAAACAUGUUGUGUGUGUGUGUGUGUGUGUGUGUGUAGCUUGCAACUCUCCGAACGAAGUCUAUUUUCUGCGUGUCGUUUACUGUUAAUCGACUGGAGACUGUCGGCAAUGCGCAAAUCCGGACGCAACUAGCGAUCUCUCGAGUGAGAGGAAACCGGAUCGGACGCACGCUGGUGUGCGUUUACGUUGCGGAAGACUAUCGAGCACCGUACCGGACGUAUUAAUAGGAUCUCCACAUGGUACAACGGACGUAUUACUUUUGAGAAAGAGAGGGGGGAACAACGGCAGUUUUACUUUACGCGUUUCAACACAUCCGCGUGAAAUGCAGACAGUACGUACACUUGCGUUUUUUUUUCUUUCCGAUUUUAGCGUCGAUUGUCGAUAACGUUUAUGAUUGCGUCGUCUACUCGUGGUUAUUUGUUUGUCCCUGUGCCAUAACGGAAAUUCAAGAACAGCGAGUAUAAAGCUUGGGCGGAAGUAAAAUGUUCGGCAUCGUACAACUCAUCGCGGUGUCGUGGUAUCCUCGCGAAAAGUGCAAUAGCGUGUGUAUUAUUGAUAUUGUUUCACAAAGAUUCGGCGCCGCCAUGUGUUCCCACGUGAACAACGGCGUUUCCACCUUCACUCGUUAUUAUUUCGAUGCGUUCCGUGUGAUUUUAGGACAUUCCGAGAGGUCGAAGGAAAGAUGUAGUUAUUAAAUCUUUCAAUGAUCUAUAUCAAUGUUAGAGUCUAGAAGAUAGAUAUAUUCCACUCUCCGAAUGUUUUCUCAUGAUUAAAAGAUUUAAUUUGUACGAUGUAAUCUGUCGAAAUGACGAGCGAAUAUAUUGAAAUACGUAUGUGUAUAUUGCAUAUAAACAUUGUAGCGAUAGAGAUUAAUAUUUAUUUAAA